ACCGCUUCGGCGCUUCCGUUCAGUUUGAACCUAGCAUGUAGCCGUAAGGAGGAACAAACGUCGCCUUAGCAACGAAUAUGGUUUUUACGGUUUUUUCCACACAGUGGUUUUAAACUAAAACACUAAAGUAGCAGCAAUAUUCUUCUAAACUGGGUUAAAUUUCUUAAUAAGCAAAUGAGCUUUAAAGUUUCAGGUUACUAACUGAAGCCGUGAUGGCUACAAGCAACCCGUCAGUGUUUCUUCUCUCGGUUAACGGACAAAUUGAGGGAGCAAACUUUCCAGAGUAUGACAAUUUAUACUGCAAAUAUAGUUUUGUCUACGGCCACGACUGGGCUCCCACGUCGGGGUUGGAGGAAGGCAUCACUCAAAUAACAUGUAAAGGAAGUGAGUCCUCACACAAAUUAAUAUGGAACUUCCCACUGGAGACAACGUUUAAGAGUACAAACCCCUCUGGAUGGCCUCAGCUCGUAGUGAGUGUGUAUGGUCCAGAUGUGUUUGGCAACGAUGUGGUCAGAGGCUACGGAGCAACACACAUCCCCUUCACACCUGGACAACACACACGGACCAUCCCCAUGUUUGUUCCUGAGCCCACGUGGAGACUACAGAAAUUCACGAGCUGGCUGUUAGGACGGCGGCCAGAGUACACAGACCCUAAAGUAGUGGCCCAGGGUGAAGGCAGAGAAGUGACGCGGGUUUGUUCCCAAGGCUUUGUCACAGUCUCCUUUCACAUCAUUACUAAAGACAUGAAGAAGAUGGGUUACGACACAGGACCCGCAAACCUUGUAAACACACCGUCUGCCACAUCUGGCUGGUCGACAGGGGAACAAGCGUACACCAUGGAAUAGCGUCGAGGAUGUUUGGUCCCUGCCAAAACAAAACCACAACACUCAAAGGGACUUAUUUACUUCGUUAGAAUCAAAUCCACACUACUGCAAUACAUACACACUCCUUUGCCUAGUGUUUUAGUCAAAAUGAAAUUUGAAUGAGAGUUUUAGAUGUAUAUUCAGUUUAAGAUAAUGUCUUCAAUUUUUCAGUUUUACUAUAUUUUUUACUUUUUUCAAAUAAAGGGACUUGGCCUCUAAAUUGUUCAUGUUUGGAUGUAUUGAGCAUACGUUGUUGCAUACAUCACUGUGAUUGUUUGGACGUUUAGUUAAAUAGGACACAGACACUGGAGUUACAGAGCUGAAGUGAUACACAUUUUAUUUUUGAACCAAUGCAGCUACAGAUGUCCUCAUCCAACAGGGUGCGGCCUGCUGCGUUCAUUUGUUUAGAUGCUGUUAAAAUACCACGGUGACUUUUCCUACAAAAACCCAUUACACAGAAUAAUAAGGUAUACAGAGGAACAGUAUGUUACAAUAGUACAAAUGAUAAAUUAUAUUAUACAGUUAUAAUGCCGACAGAUUGAGCACAUAUCCAAUAAAAAAGCAGCCUGCUCCCAGUACUAUGAGAAGGGUAAAUAGACCGACAUGGAAAAGAUUAAAAGGAGGCUGUUUAUGUAUAUAAAGACAGACAGUUCAUAAGGUCAGUUAGUCCUCUUGACAAAAGCAUAGUGAAUACACAGUAACACGCAGAGGAGCUUGCUACACACAGGCCACAUUUUCACUGCACUAUAGCCACACCUGUGAACCUGCUGCCAGGGAUCAAGAAAAAGUGUUUGGCUGCAGUGACAUCGGACUGUUUGGGAGUGCUGAAAUUGUUCAACACAGUAAUGUUAUUGUUUUGUUUUUUCAAUGCAUCCAUAACAACUUUUUUCCACAAUCACUGGAGUGAAGUUUAAAGGUCAGGCCGCAGUGAAAUCAAGGCCAGUGUGAAAGUCUUAGCAAGUAUAUCAUAGUAGCAUUUUAAUAAACAAGACUUUAUUAGCAAAUCUAACUUUGCAAAACACAUCAAGCGUUAAGUUUUCUUAUCUUUUUACUUUUCCAACUCCAAUUUUUGCAUAUAUUUA